GGCUGGAUGGGCAGCCUCCACCCUGGGCUCACUAAACCUGUCUCUCACUUUCCCCCUCUGUCCACAGGUCUAGUUUGUUAUCGUAGGGUCUCCGGUGACUGACAAAGGGGCUGUAUUCAUCAUGGUUUGUUGUUGUAGGAUCUCCUGUGAGUGCUGCGACCACAAGCAGUGGUUUGCUAGUGUAAGGUCACUUGGGAGGGCUGCCCUUGCUGGGUUAUUAUUGUAGGGUCUCUUCAGGACCAUGGGGGCUGCUGGCACUCCUUUGUUAUUGUAGGGUUGUCCACAAGGACUCCUUUGUUUUUAUAAGGUUGCUUGUGGGCCUUGGGGCUGUCCAUCCUGUUUGCUGCAGGGACUUUUACGUGAGUGCUUUGUUAUCGUAGGGUCUCUUGUGAGCACACGGUUGUAUAUGCUGGUUUGUUAUUGUAGGGUGGCUGGUGAGCAACAGGAGCUGUUUGCUUGGGUGGGGCCUCAUGUGAGAUACGGGUGGCAUGUGCUGGUUUGUUAUUGUAGGGUCUCACGUUUACACGUUGGUUUGUCGUUGUAGGGACUUGUAUUUACGUAUGAUAGUUUGUUGUAGGGAUGUGAAUUUACACACAACAGUUUGUUGUUGCAGAGUGCUCAUAAGCACUGGGGUUACAAGCACUGGUUUAUUUUUGUAGGGUCUUUUGUAGGGCAUCCUGUGCAUGCUGUGCAGGUUUGUUAUGGUCAGUGGGACAGUGGGCACUCUGUGUUAUCGCAGAGUCUCCUGUGAGCACAGCAAUGGGUUGUUAUGGUGGGGGAGCAGUGGGCAUUCUGUGUUAUCAUAGGGUCUCCUGUGAAUACAGUGCUGGGUUGCUUGCCCAGCUUCUGGUGGGGGCUGAAUCAGGCUGGUGUGUGAUCCAUGGUCUUGUCCCGCCCUGGCUUCACUGCUUCUGGCUGCUGGGGAAUGAAAAGGCCUCUGUAGGGCUCAGUCUGUGGUGGAAAAUGUUCCCACAAAGGAGUGAUUGUAGGAGCGGGGGGAGCUGGCUGGGGGUGGGAGAUCUCCAGGCAGAGGGGCAGGGGCGCUCUCCCCACAUAGGCAGUGGUUGCCCCACUGUGGUGCUAGGAGGUGCAGGGCAUGGACAGGGGGCUCAACAGGGGGCACCAUGCUGCAGGGAGCAGGCUGGGGAACUGCCUCUUCAUGGAAUGUGCUAAUCCUAGUGCCCCUCUGUCCCUCCUCCUCAUCUGCUUCCCCGUCUCCUUCCAUCCUGUCUCCUUUUCCAGGUGACUCUGGCUUCCCUUCUUUCCCGCUUCGCCCCCGUAUAGUGGUGUUUGAUGCCCUUCUGGCUGAUCUGGAGACCACGACCUCUCACAUUUCCAAGCGCCCAGUACUGCUCACCGACUCUGGGGCAGCCCACGCCAAGGAACUGGGGCAGGAUGGGAUGCCUGAGUCCAGGCCCCCACCGCCACCCUACAACCCUCAGCAGCAGGCCAUGUCCGUGGACCCUCCACCUGUCUCUGCCCCGCCUAGCGGGGGCGAUAAAGAGCAUCUCUACAGUACUGUCUGCAAGCCCCGCUCGCCCCGGCCCAAGGAGCCAGCUGCGCCACCCUUCUCCUCAUCCAGCGGGGUGCUGGGUGCCGGCCUCUGUGAGCUGGACCGGCUGCUGCAGGAGCUCAACGCCACACAGUUCAACAUCACAGACGAAAUCAUGUCCCAGUUCCCAACCAACAAGAGCCCUGAUGGGGAGAAGUGGAAGGAGAAGCCAGAGGAUGCUGGGGAAGGGGUGUCCCCAAGCCGCUCCGCUGGCUCCACCCCACCUCCUGUGAAGCCAUCAGCCACAUCUGCUACCCUGGAGCUGGACAAACUCAUGGCCUCCUUGUCGGACUUCAGAGUCCAGAGUAAUCUCCCGGGGGUGUCAGCUGCGCCGCCCCCAGCCCCCACCCGAGUCUCCCUGGCGCAGCAGCCGGUGGUGUCAUCUGUCUGCCCCAGCCCCUCUGGUCCGCCCCCCCCAGCAGCGCCGGCACCGCAGGGUGGCAACUUGGACAGCAUGCUGGUGAUGCUGCAGUCGGAUCUGAGCCGCCAGGGGAUCUCCACCAGCACCAAGGGGCUGUGCGCCUCCUGCCAGAAACCCAUCGCUGGGCAGGUGGUGACGGCGCUGGGCAACACCUGGCACCCCGAGCACUUCGUCUGCAAGGAGUGCUACGCGCCGUUCCUGCAGGGCAGUUUCUUCGAGCACGGUGGGCGGCCCUUUUGCGAGACGCACUACCACAAGCAGCGGGGCUCGCUGUGCUGGGGCUGCGAGAAACCCAUCGCCGGGCGCUGCAUCACCGCCAUGGCCCGCAAGUUCCACCCCGAGCACUUUGUCUGCGCCUUCUGCCUCAAGCAGCUCAACAAGGGCACCUUCAAGGAGCAGAACGACAAGCCCUACUGCCACCCCUGCUUCCUCAAGCUCUUUGGCUAAGCCACACCCUUGUCUGGGCAGACCCCGCCUCCAGGCCCAGCCACACCCCAACAGGCCCCACCCCCUGGCCCAGCCACACCCCAGCAGGCCCCA